UCAGGAUCAGCGGCCCAGUUGGAGUUGCCCCUCCCCCAUGUCAAUUGACGAACACCUGGACCCAAUUCCUGACAGCUUCAUCCUGCAGCCACCGGUCUUCCACCCAGUGAUUCCUUAUGGCACAACAAUUUUCGGUGGCCUGUAUGCAGGCAAGAUGGUCAUGCUGCAGGGUGUGGUCCCUCUACGUGCACAUACCAGGUUUCAGGUGGACUUCCAGUGUGGGUGCUGCCUGCAUCCCCGGCCAGAUAUUGCCUUCCACUUCAACCCUCGCUUCUACACUGUCAAGCCCCAUGUCAUCUGCAACACCCUCCAAAGUGGACUCUGGCAAAAAGAGGUCCGGUGGCCAGGCAUCGCCCUGCAGAGAGGGGCUAGCUUCCUCAUCCUCUUUCUCUUCGAUAAUGAAGAGGUGAAGGUGAGUGUAAAUGGACAGCACUUUCUUCACUACCGCUACCGGCUCCCACUGUCACGGGUAGAUACACUGGCUAUAUCUGGUGACAUCUUGGUAAAGGCUGUUGGAUUCCUGAACGUAAAUCCAUUUGUGGAGGGUAGCCGAGAGUAUCCAGUUGGAUAUCCCUUCCUGCUGUAUAGCCCCAGGCUGGAGGUGCCCUGCUCACGAGCUCUUCCUCGGGGUCUCUGGCCUGGGCAAGUCAUUGUAGUUCGAGGACUGGUCUUGAAAGAGCCAAAAGAUUUCACCCUGAGCCUGAGAGAUGGGGCCACCCAUGUUCCUGUGACACUCAGGGCUUCCUUCACAGACAGAACACUGGCCUGGGUCUCCUCCUGGGGCCGAAAGAAGCUGAUCUCAGCCCCUUUCCUCUUUCACCCCCAGCGAUUCUUCGAGGUACUGCUUCUGUGCCAAGAGGGAGGGCUGAAGCUGGCACUCAAUGGGCAGGGGCUGGGGGCCACCAGCCUGGACCAGAAAGCCCUGGAGCAGCUUCGGGAGCUCAGGAUCAGUGGAAGUGUCCAUCUCUACUGUGUCCACUACUAAAAAGGCUCCGAGGACACCCCAGCCAGAGAAGAGAAAAGGUGGCUGCAACCAGGGCUCCAUGGUUAUAGCCCCACUCUGCUGUUCUCAUGGGAGAAAUUGCCCUGGCAUCACUGUGUCAGGCCUAGUUCACAUCUGGGUCACAAGCCUGAAUCUAAAAGGACACGGGCACACACAGACACACUGCAUUUUAAUUUAUCAAUUCUGAAAAUAAGGGCCCAGGUCAAUGUGUCACUGCACCCAUCUUCCACAUUCAAAUUCUAUUGUGGUCUUCAUUCCAAAUAUUCCAUGGGGACAUGGGCUGAAACCCUAUCUGGGCCCAGCCUCUAAGAAGGCAAAUAGAGUGCGAACAAGAGGAGCCCCAAAUCUGUGAUCAGCACACGCCAUCUACACUCACCUUUCAUCUACACUCCUUUUAUCCACAGUCACUCACUAGUUUGUGAAGCCUUUGCCCAACAUGAGCAAAUAUCACAGCUGCUCUCACGGCUUUGGCCAAAAGGAACCAGCCACAUCCCAGAAAUCACACUGAUGAUGGGUCCACAUUUUGGCCACCCAACCAUGUAAACACCAAUAAUCUCUCAUAAGAUUAUAAUAUAGUCUGGGUGGGCCAGAGAUUAUUCAGUCUAUGUUUCUAUAAUAUACCCUGCAAUGUCCACACAAUGGCAAAAUGGUUGAAUAAUGCAUUUCUCAGAAUUUGUCCUUGUCAUGAAGUAAUACAUGACUAUCCAGCAG